GACGCUGGCAUGAUACGCUCAUCUACCAGUCACUAUUGUGGGAGGGAUCUCAGCAGCGCUUUGAGUCUAGUCUGCCAAGGGUGGUACAAGCGGUCCGAUCCUGGCAUUUUCAAAAUCAACGAAAUAGGUAUGAAUAGAGCCGGAGGACAUGGAGGUGGUCACAGAGCGUCUGUUCCCGCUGUUCAUGGACCCCCAACUCGCUCUGGCCAUGGUCGGUCAAGGAGGCCGAUACAAGCGCCACGGUAUUGUAGACGAAUGCUGCCACAACCCUUGUACUGUGAACGAACUAAGGAACUACUGCGGCUCGGCCGAGUACUAACGAACAGCCACUGAUCUUGUAAUU